AUGUUGCGGAAUUUGCCGAACAACUACACACGGGACAUGCUCUUGGACCUCAUUGACAGUUUGGGAUUCUGUGGUCAGUAUGAUUUCCUGUACCUCCCCAUUGACUUUCAGACUCAUGCGUGCCUGGGUUAUGCCUUUGUCAACCUGAUUGAUGCAGGCGUGGUGCCAUCCUUUUGGCAAGCAUUCGAUGGCUUCAGCAACUGGAGCUUGCCGAGCCGCAAGGUGUGCUACAUCAGCUGGAGUGGCCCGCAUCAAGGAUUGGAGGCACACAUUGAGCGGUAUCGCAACAGCCCUGUUAUGCACCCGGAAGUUGGUGACGAAUGCAAACCCCUCAUUUUCAAAGAUGGUGUUCGCGUGACAUUUCCAACUUCGACGAAAUCUGUUCGUCCCCCACGCGUCCGCAAGCGCACCGAGAGCAACGUGAACGUGCGGCCGAACGUGAAGAACGUGUCGGAGAAGGUUGGAUUUCGCAAAAUCUGA